GGUUUGGAUACACGAUGAGCGAAUGUCCGUACUUCGAGAAGAGACAUUUGUUAUUCAAAAAUAAACCUCCUGCAGAAGAGGACGAGGACUCCUCCCAGGCUGGAGUGAACAAGGCCAGCAAUGGAGGAAUCAUCUACGGAGACUAUUUACAGCUUAGCAAAAUAACCACAGCCCAGGUGUUGCAGAGUGAAGUCAAAGGUAAUAAGAUCCAUGACGAGCACCUCUUCAUCGUCACCCAUCAAGCCUACGAACUCUGGUUCAAACAGAUUCUCUUUGAGCUCGACUCGGUGAGGGAGAUCUUCACCAGUGGACACGUCCGAGAUGAGCGCAACAUGCUCAAAGUCAACACUCGCAUCCACAGGAUCGUGAUGAUCUUCAGGCUGUUGGUCGACCAAUUUGCAGUUCUGGAAACAAUGACAGCCUUGGACUUUUUUGACUUUAGAGAGUACCUGUCUCCAGCCUCUGGCUUCCAAAGUCUUCAGUUUCGGCUCCUGGAGAACAAAAUCGGGGUGCCGGACAACCUGAGGGUUCCGUACAACAGACGGCAUUACAGAGACAAUUUCAAAGGCCACGAGAGUGAGAUGGUUCUGAAAACAGAGCAGGAGCCAACUCUUCUAAAACUGGUGGAGGAGUGGCUGGAGAGAACUCCAGGCUUGAAGGUGGAAGGAUUCAAUUUCUGGGAAAAGCUGCAAAUCAAUAUAUUUGAUGGGUUGAAUGUGGAGAAGGAGAAAAUCGAGAAAAUGCCAGAAUCGGAGGAGAAGGAGGAGCUGAUGGCCGAGCUCGUCAAACAGAGGGAGCUCUUCACGUCUCUGUUCGAUGAAAAGCGCCAUGACCACCUGGUCAGCAAAGGUGAGAGGCGGCUCUCUUACAAGGCUCUCCAAGGUGCUUUGAUGAUCUACUUCUACAGGGAAGAGCCGAGGUUCCAGGUUCCCUUCCAGCUGCUCACGUCCCUCAUGGACAUCGACACCCUCAUGACUAAAUGGAGAUACAAUCAUGUGUGCAUGGUGCACCGGAUGAUUGGCAGCAAAGCAGGAACAGGGGGCUCCUCUGGCUACCACUACCUGCGUUCUACUGUCAGUGAUCGUUACAAAGUGUUUGUGGACCUGUUUAAUCUGGCAACGUUCCUGGUGCCUCGCCACUGGGUGCCCAAACUGAACCCCAACGUUCAUACCUUCCUCUACAUGGCCGAGUGCUGCGACAGCUCGUACGGCAGCAGUGACGACUCAGACUAGAGCGCGUCUCAGUCUUCUGCCUGGCUUCUCGUCCCUGUGAGAAAACGCUGCAGCCUUAAACCAC